ACUGCAGAUUGUUGAUAUGCAUAUGAAGACUGGUGGACUAAAAAUUGGUUGGUAUCUUGGUGACAGGAAGGCCAAAAAAUCGCAUUGGAUCAAAUUCGACGCGUUUGUGCGAAGCCAAGGAUAUAGCUUAUGCGCAUUGAGUUGUAAUGCAGAAGUGGAGGAAUCUGACUAUGAUGUGAUUCUAUUGAAAUUGACCGACCAGUUGUCUGUGGAGAACACAAAUCCGGAGGCGAGUGCCUUGAUAAGGAGAAUGGAAUUGAUCAUUAACUCUAACCCUCAAGCAGCUGUGGUUGAUUCUAUUGAAGCACAAAGAUUGACCGUAAAUCGAAGGGUGAUGCACGAACUCAUCAAGCGUCUGAGCAACGUAGAGUAUAUACAGUGUCCAUUAGGAUUUGUGCUGAACAGUGAGGAGGAUUUGAGAUCUUUUUCAUCUGAUUUAUCGUUUCCGUGUAUGGUCAAAUCUGGGCAGGCAUCGGGGAGUUUGAUGGCCCACGACAUGGGGAUAGUUUGGAGUGCCAAGGAUUUUGGCAUUUUUCCCUAUCCCAUUUAUGUAGAAGAGUUCAUCAAUCACGAUGCCACGCUUUUUAAGGUGUAUGUGCUUGGAGAUUACAUUUCGGUGGUGACGAGGAAUUCUUUGCCGAAUUUUCCGCGUUCAGGUUAUCAUCCUCCUAUUUGUUUCAACAGUCAAGAGUGGAAGCACACAUUGCCGCCGGAGUACAUGUUUGAAUACACGGGGAAGAGUCCAAGGCCGUCCGACGAGGUGGUGAGAGGGUUGGCUUCAGAGAUCAAAAGACUGUCAAAUUUGACCCUUUUAGGGUUUGACGUGAUUGUCAAUGCGGAAAGCAAGAAAAUGUGUGUUGUAGAUUUGAACUAUUUUCCAGAUUACAUGGGGGUUGAGAGUCUGCAAGAGAGGCUGCUUUCGCAUUUGAUUAAGGCGUGUGAAAUGAAGAGAAGGGAGUUAGGGGGGCGAUAAAUGGUCUGUGCAUAGGCGUGCGUUGAAAGGAGGUGUUUAGAGGAGGGGGAAGGUGUGCGUGAUUCUGAGGAUGAAAAAAAAGAGAAGGGUUGACAAAAGAAAAGAGCAUAUUUUUUGGAGGGU